CCGGAGCCCAGGACUCCAGUCUUGGAGCUGGAGACUCCAGACCACCCACGGGCUGGCAGGGCGAGCAGGUUGGAGACUCAGGAGACUGGAGAGCCCGGCAGGCGCUGAGGGGACAAUCGGGGACUCAGCCAGGAGGGACGUCAGGCUGGAAGAACCCUCCCCACCCCUGCCCCUCCCCACCCUGCUGCCCUGAAGCCAGAAUCCCUGCUUGGCAUGAGCAGGACUGUGAGAAGCUAGCCCCCUGACCAGGCUAACGCUGACCGCAGACCGCUCCUCACCUGGACAAGAUGAGAGUGUCAGGUGUGCUUCGCCUCCUGGCCCUCAUCUUUGCCCUGGUCGCCACAUGGAUCUUUAUUCGCAGCUACAUCAGCUUAACCAUGAAAACUAUCCGUCUGCCCCGCUGGCUGGCAGGUUCGGACUCCAAGGAGAUCAAGGCCGUGAAGACCAAGUGCGGCCUCAGCAAGCCCUGCCCAGACAACUUCUUUGCGUUUAAAAUCAGCAGCGGAGCCGCCAACGUCGUGGGCCCCACCAUGUGCUUCGAAAACUUUGUGAUCAUGAGUCCUGUGAAAAACAACGUGGGCAGAGGCCUGAACAUUGCCCUGGUGAACGGAACCACAGGAACGCUGCUGACACAGAAGUGUUUCGACAUGUACUCUGGAGAUGUUAAGCUCCUGGUAAAAUUCCUUAAAGAAAUUCCAGAGGACACGCUGGUGCUGGUGGCCUCCUAUGAUGACCCAGGAACCAAAAUGAAUAAGGAGACCAGGAAGCUCCUCUCCAGCUUGGGCAGUUCCUAUGCAGAACAGCUGGGCUUCAGAGAUAGCUGGGUCUUCUUAGGGGCCAAAAACCUCAAGGAUAAAAGCCCUUUUGAGCAGUUCUUAAAGAACCACCCAGACACGAACAAAUACGAGGGCUGGCCGGAGCUGCUGGAACUGGAGGGCUGUGUUCCCCGGAAGGUAUUUUAGGGUGGCUGUAGGACCGACAAGCCCCUGGCUGUCCUGGGGACAGCGUCAGCUGCAGCAGCCAGAAGGGUACCAGGCGGCCUGUGUAAAGUUCCCCGGGCGGGGGCUCUGCACACCUCCCCUCUUGGGAAGCAGCGCCCUCCCAGGGGCUGCAGCAGCCUACCUGAGGUGGCCAGCCAUCAGGGGUCCUUCUGGAGCCUAUCUGCAGGAAGAACAGUCCGCUUUCCUUCAAGACGGCCAGCGCUCGCUCCCAAGGACAGACGGACUGCCCGCACCUGCGGCACACCAUUAAAUUUUAUUUUUGAUUUUGAA